AUGGCAUUGGAGCGGUAUCGACACCUGAGACCCCCUGUGUUCAAAGGAAGGAUUGGUGAUGAUCCUAGCUCAGCCGAGUAUUGGUUGGAGCAAACCGAGAAACUACUUCAACAUCUCCAGUGUAGUGAAGAGGAAAAGGUAAGGUGUGCAACCUACACGUUGGAGGAAGAAGCAGGUCGGUGGUGGCAAUCUACCGAGCGUUCAAUAAUGAGGUCACAACAGGAGCAUGAGGCUGAAGAUGAGGAUGCACCAAUGUAUACCUGGGCAGGAUUCAAGGCAGAGUUUAACGCCAAGUACUUUUCUAAGAGUUGGAAGGAAGAAAGAAUUUGGGAGUUUAUGAGGCUCAAGCAGACGGACGAGAUGUCUGUAAGCCAAUACGAUAAUCGGUUCAUUCAACUGAUUAAGUACGUGCCCAUGUACGAAACUGACGAGAGUCAGAAGGCACAAAAGUUUGUUUCAGGAUUACAAGAACAUCUCCAGCAAGUUUUAAGUGGAUGGGACAUUGAAACUUACAAAGAAGCAUUGCACCGAGCUUUGACCAUUGAGAGAAAUCUGACACGAGCCAAGAUAAUCAAGACAGAGGAAGGAAGUAAGAGCAGUAAACCAGACAGUUUGAAGACUCAACCAAGGGACGACGGGAAGUGCCCUCGAUGUAAGAGGAAACACUUUGGAAAAAGAUGUGUUGUAAAAUGCUAUGGAUGCGGUGAAGAAGGCCACAUUGGAAGAAACUGCCCAAAGAACAAAGCAACGCCCCAGGUUGAGUAUCAGGGAAAAGUGGUGUGUUACAACUGUGGUCAACCAGGGCAUAUCUCGCAAGAUUGCUCAAAAAGGCAGAAGAUGGAACCACCGAGUGGAAGUGCACAAAAUGUUCGUCCAGGCCGAGUGUACAAUCUGACUUGUGAGGACGCUGAGGCCGAUCCUGCAGUUAUUGAAGGUACACUGUUCUUUUCGAAUAUUCCAGUUCAUGCUUUAAUAGAUCCACGUGCUACGCAUUCAUUCGUGUCGCAUGCAUCAGUAGAAGGUUUAAAGUUAGAACCUAGGGAAUUGGGUUAUCAGAUGGCAAUAGCCACUCCUAUGGGUUCAACUCUAAGAACUGCGGUAGGGUGCCGUGGGUGUAUUUUUAAUAUGGGAGGGGAAAGUUUUAAGAUCAAUUUAGUGGUGUUAGACAUUAAAGAUUUUGACAUAAUUGUCGGAAUGGAUUUCCUAUCGCUACAUGAAGCUAAAAUAGAUUGUAAGAGUAAGACCGUAAGCUUACCCAAGCUUAACGGAGAGUGGAUUGUGUUCCAGGGUCAAGGUAGGAAGAUUAAGAGAGAAAAUGGCAUGACUUUGCACACGUUGCAAUCAGCCAAACCCGAAUCAGGAAAGAAAAGUCUCGAGUUGAAAUCAGUGAGGGUCGUGAAUGAGUAUCCUGAGGUAUUUCCCGAGGAAUUACCAGGAUUACCUCCCCAAAGAGAAAUUGAAUUCUCGAUAGACCUUGUACCAGAUACACAACCAAUAUCCAUACCUCCGUACAAGAUAGCCCCAACUGAGAUGAGGGAAUUGAAGGAGCAAUUACAGGAUUUGACUGACAAAGGAUUUAUCAGACCAAGUGUGUCACCCUGGGGAGCUCCGAUAUUGUUCGUGAAAAAGAAAGAUGGUACCUUACGUAUGUGUACUGACUACCGACAGUUAAACAAGGUAACCAUAAAGAAUAAGUACCCGUUGCCUAGGAUUGAAGAGUUGUUUGACCAACUUCAAGGAGCUAGGGUAUUUUCUAAGAUAGACCUUCGAUCAGGGUACUAUCAAAUGAAGAUCAAGUCGGAAGAUGUACCCAAGACUGCAUUUCGAUCACGGUAUGGUCACUAUGAAUAUCUGGUGAUGCCGUUUGGAUUGACCAAUGCACCUACUGCAUUUAUGGAUUUAAUGAACCGAACUUUUAGACCUUACCUGGACAAGUUCGUAAUAGUGUUCAUAGAUGACAUUUUGAUAUACUCUACAAGUGAGAGUGAUCAUGAAGAACAUUUAAGGAUAGUCUUGCAGACUUUAAAGGACCAUAAGUUGUACGCCAAGUUCUCGAAGUGUGAAUUUGUCUUACUCAAGUAG